AUGGACUGUAGAAGUUUUGUUGCAAUCUUUUAAAUAACUCUCUUGACAGCAUGGUGCCAAAAUUCUACCAGCAUGCCCUGGCCAUGGCCUUUGCCAUCCAUGAGAUCAACAAGAAUCCCAAGAUCUUGCCCAACCUCACCCUUGGCUUCCACAUCUGUGACAGCUACUAUAAUGCAAGGUUGACCUAUCGGACCACACUUGAACUGCUCUUUAAAGGGCAGAGAUUUGUUCCCAAUUAUGACUGUGAUGGACGGAAAAAUCUCCAAGCGGUCAUUGGGGGACUUGGCUCCGACACCGCCUUUCUCAUGGCUGACAUCUUAAGGCUCUACAAAAUCCCUCAGUUCGCAUCUGGCUCUUUGGAUGCUGAUGAGAUGCACUCCCUCCACCCUCACUUUUAUCACAUUGUCCCCAGCGAAGACCGCCAAUACAUGGGGAUUAUACAGUUGCUUCAGCAUUUUCGAUGGAUAUGGGUUGGGAUGUUAGUUGCUGAUAGUGAUAGUGCGGAACGUUUUGUGCUUCCCGUUUCAGUUUGCAAUGAGUACUGCCAUCCCGGCUUUCAGAAGAAAAGAAAGGAAGGUGAAAAGUUUUGUUGUUAUGAUUGUGUUCUAUGCCCAGCAGGAAGGAUUGCGAACCAGAUAGAUAUGGAUGACUGUUUCAAAUGUCCAGAAGACGAGUAUCCAAAUGAAAACAAAAAUGGAUGCCUGCCCAAACUUGUCAUCUUUUUGUCUUAUGAGGAGCCUUUAGGGUUGAGUUUAUCCUUGGUUGCUCUCUCUUUUUCCCUGAUCACAGCCUGGAUCUUAGGACUUCUCAUGAAGCACAGAGACACCCCCAUUGUCAAAGCCAACAAUCGAGACCUCACUUACACUCUCCUCGUCUCUCUCCUUCUCUGCUUCCUCUCAUCUUUGCUCUUUGUUGGACAACCGAGAAAGCUGAGCUGCCUCCUCCAACAGCCGGCCUUUGGCAUCAUCUUUACAGUGGCCGUUUCUUGUGUCUUGGCGAAAACCAUCACCGUGGUUGUGGCUUUCAUGGCCACCAAACCAGGAUCCAACAUGAAGAAAUGCUGCCUCCUCCAACAGCCGGCCUUUGGCAUCAUCUUUACAGUGGCCGUUUCUUGUGUCUUGGCCAAAACCAUCACCGUGGUCGUGGCUUUCAUGGCCACCAAACCAGGAUCCAACAUGAAGAAAUGGCUGGGAAGAAGGACAGCAAACUGCAUUGUGCUCUCUUGCUCUUUGGGUCAAGCAGGAAUUUGUUCUGUAUGGUUAGGAACAUCUCCCCCGUUCCCAGCAUUUGACAUGCAUUCGUUGACUGAAGAGAUUAUCCAAUUAUGUAACGGAGGCUCUGUUAUCAUGUUUUACCUUGUCCUGAGCUAUAUGGGCGUUUUGUCCCUCAUCUGCUUCAUGUUGGCCUUCUUAGCCAGAAAACUUCCAGACACUUUUAAUGAGGCCAAGUUCAUCACCUUCAGCAUGGUGGUCUUCUGCAGUGUUUGGGUGUCCUUUGUUCCCACCUAUUUGAGCACCAAGGGGAAACAAAUGGUCGCUGUGGAGAUCUUCUCUAUCUUAGCUUCCAGUGCGGGUCUCUUGAUCUGCAUCUUUGCUCCCAAGAUUUACAUUAUUCUCUUGAGGCCUGAAUUGAACACCAAGGAGCAGCUUAGAAGGUGGAAAAAAGAAUGA